ACCGUUAUUAGUUGUAUUGGGCCUCAUUCAUCCUUUAGAAGCGGGCGCGGGAUUCCUGGUUCGUGACAAGUCACUUAACCUACUAUUGAUACUAUUAUCUUCAAAUCAAGACACCCCGGAUUAAUCAAUCCAGCAACGGCUAUACCUCUUUGAGGUACAGGUUCGUCACAGUUUAUCCUACAUAUAUAACUCUCAUGUCUUCCUACUAUAGUUCUUACAAAUCUUACGUACCUAGGUAGUCAAAUCAUUCCACCAUGCCCACCGUUACUCUUCCUUCCGCGCCCAAUGCCUUUAUGGCGUAUUCGCUUUACCCAGGAGAUUCUAUGAGCAGCCUUCUGAUUGUUUGUCUUAAUGGUCUUGGCCUUCCACAGACCGUCUGGCAACCAACCAUUGAAAUCCUCAAAAAGUCGGCCUUUUCACCUGACCCAUGGAUACUUACGUAUGAUCGCUUUGGCCAGGGCAGCUCCCCAAGAGAUCCCCGUGAAAGUUGGCCAAACAAGGAUGCCGGCUACGCCCACACGUUGGAUGACGUUACUGAUGAUCUUCACCACUUGAUUCACCUUGUGUCCCCCGAUCGUAACUCCCGCCUUAUUUUUGUAAAUAACAGUAUAGGUGCGCAUGUCGCCCGACGAUAUGCAGACAGGUAUCCUGGUACUGUUGAGGGGAUCUUGUUCCUUGAUUCUAAUCCAGGAAACACGGAUUAUGCCAGCAUCUGGCCUAACCCAAUGGAUUCGUCCUUCAAUUUAGAGCUUAUGGUUCCUCCCAACACCCCCUUAGAGGUAUAUGAAGCCGCCUACAUCAAGAUGACAACUAUCUUUGCUGCCACGGCAAAGAAUAACGAGGGUUUCGACCGAAGAGAUAUCAAGGACAUUCUUCCAGAGCCAUCAUUCCCGAAGCUUAAGGGGUCGAAGACUUCGAAUAAAGGCCCCUGGAUAACCGUCGUGGGCCAUGAACUUGAAACAUUCUCUCAGGAAGAGUGGGCGAUGAUGAAAGUUCCUUUGGGCAUGGCAGCGAUGUAUACUCAGCCUAUGUGGCAGAAGUACAAUGAGGGACUCUGUAAGCUCACUGACUCGGAUAGAGCUAAAGGGCCACUCAUUGCACCGAAAACUGGACACUUCAUCCAAAAAGACAACCCAUCUUUCGUUGCCGACCAACUAGAAGACCUCAUUAGGAAGGUUGAAGGUUCUCAUCAAUCACUAUAGAUCUCCAGGCUUUUCGAGUUAGAUAUUUAACUGGUAUGAGGUUGCUGGAUCACUUUUUCUUUAGCUCACGCGGCAAGCCCGGCGCAUGAUCACACAAUAUCUCACCUGUCCAUGAGGAAUAUGCAGUAGUAGAAUGCAUGGCGUAUAUAGUACCGAUCAGGAAAGGGGGCGAAAAAACUUAUUAGUUUAAAAAGCGAGUUAUGAACUGAAAUAUCUGAAAAGUGACAUCUUGAGGCGCAUAGUUUAUUUUCGGCACUUGUUAACUCUUCAGAGGUAACAGCUCUACGCCCUUACUUUUACUAUUGGCGUGAUCUCCUACCUUUCAAGUCCAAAAUUUAUGUUGUCCAGCGAUCCUCAUCCACAUAUCGCCAAGAGGCUGGUUUGGAUGCAACGUUUAUUUAGGUAAUACGUGUUGCUGUCGUGGGUGUUACACAACAGCGUCCUGGUGGAGGGUGGGUUGAUAAAUUAGUUGGACGCUCGCAGGUGGCGCUCAAAAUGGGUCAACCUAAG